CCCUCUGAAUUACAACAGCUCUCAGUAAGGUGGAGAGGCAGAAAAAAAGAUAACUGGGGACUUUGGUAUAGACUGUAACUCACUAGCGACAGAAGGCUCCAGGAGGUCGGCAACAGGAGUAUUCUUAAAAGUGAUCUUUUAGGUUAUGACAUUCGAUCAUAGCGAUUUAACUACAUUGGAAAAACUUUUCUGUGCGAAACUAUUAUUUACAGCUGAAUAUAUAUAUAUAAGCUUUUAGAAAUCCACAAUGACUUGCGGUCGACAUGGAUUGUUCUUCCUUUUCGGAUGGAGUUUUAUAUUAUACAGCGGAUCUUGCUUUAGGUUAAAAGACCAUUUAUCUGGACUGAAGAGAAACGAAGAAUCAGUGCGUUUUAAAAGGACCGGGAGUAAACAUCAAUCUAUUCAAAGCGACGAUGACCUGCUUUUACGGGAUACUGCCUCAGAUCACAUGCGGAUGCUCUAUGACAAAUACAACAGAGCAGGAUUUAAUUUCAAGGACGGAAAUACAGUGCGCAGCUUUAAAGCACAUUGGGGCACAAUUAGCAAUAAGAAACUCCAAAUAUUUAAUCUGACUACUCUUACCAAGUCAGAAGACAUUCUUUCUGCCACACUGCACUAUUACAUCGGGGAUAUACUGAACAACACCCAUGGCUGUAUCAGACAUAAGAACUGUGUUCCCCAUCCAGGCUUCGGUAAACAGGCCCACAUCCAUCUUGGCGUCUGGAGCUUUGCUUCUGUGGAUAACAAUACCAGGACUCUGGGCCACUUUCUUAUCAAUGUUUCAACUGUCUAUAGGGAUUUCAUAUCUUGGCAAUGGAAGGAUAUUACACAUGUCCUCAGUGAAGCAAAACAUAAUGAUGAGUUCCUUAUAGGGAUUCACAUUGCCUCACAAGACCACAACGGCUGGAAAAAGUUACUUUAUGGCCGUUCUCCCUACAUACUAGUGUAUGCUAAUGACUCUGCAAUCUCUGAACCUGAAAGUGUGGUUUUGACACUGCAGAAGCACAAGGGAGUGGUGGCUCUGGAUCUUCAGAAAAUGGGAAUGCGUGCUGGGAACAAUACAUCUGAACGCAGGGCAAAGCGUUCUGCAAACAUCCUGCUCCCCCUACAGAACAAUGAGCUGCCUGGUGCUGAGUAUCAGUACAAUGAGGCCCAAGUCUGGGAGGAGACAAAUCUGUCCAAGCAUCUGGAGACUCAGCCGCCUAAGCUGCAGAGGAACAAAAAGAAGCAAAGAAAGAACAACCGACACAAAGUGCAGAUGCUUCAGUUUGAUGAACAGACAUUAAAAAAAGCCCGAAAGAAGCAGUGGAAUGAGCCACGGAACUGUGCCCGCAGAUAUCUAAAGGUUGAUUUUGCAGAUAUUGGCUGGAGCGAAUGGAUUAUUUCACCAAAAUCUUUUGACGCCUUCUAUUGCUCAGGGUCUUGCCAGUUUCCUAUGCCAAAGUCUUUAAAGCCUUCCAACCAUGCCACCAUCCAGAGCAUUGUCAGGGCAGUGGGAGUUGUCCCUGGCAUUCCAGAGCCCUGCUGUGUACCUGAAAGGAUGUCUCCCCUCAGUAUAUUAUUUUUUGAUGAAGACAAGAAUGUUGUCCUCAAAGUCUAUCCAAACAUGACUGUGGACUCCUGUGCCUGCAGAUAACAGUGCAGUGAACAACUAAAAGAAUCUUCCACUUGGACUUUUUUUCAUUUGCACUGGAAGAGAGACUACAAAAAUAAACUAAAUAAAAAAUAAUAAAUAAAUGAUUUUCACUUUUAGAAACUUGAAACAUACUCAAUCUUUAUAGGAAACAGAGAAUAUUCUUAAUUAUCCUAAAGUCAAAUCUAAAGAACACUCCUUUUUCUUCUUGUGAACUUGAUAAGCCUCAGCAUUAGAAACCAUAUGGUUGCUAUCUCAUAUCUCAUAACUCAUAUGGUUGCUAUCAGUAUAUUUUUUGUACACUAUCAAGGCAAACUAAAGAUUUGCUACAUUAUGCUUUGUUCUUCUGUACUGUAGAUUAUGGACACAAGAGCUGAGCUGAACAACAAGAGAAAUAUGCUUUAAGCACCCAUUCAAUCACUAUAACUGCCUGCUCAUUUAUUAUAUUAAUACUGUCUUUUUUUCUCAGGCAUAUCAAAAUCAAUUAAAUGAAAAUCAUGGGCAUAUGCAUUUUUGUAUAUUUGGAGUCAUUGUUUUAAUGUCACUUAACAUUAAACUCUGUUUUGUUUUUCCAAUAUUUCACACUUAAA